CCUUUUCCCCAUUUUUCUUUCUCUUAUCACUUUCGAUCACUCUUCUCAAAUUCCAAACAAAGUGCUCACUACUCCUCGUUUUCUCCCCAACCCCCCAAAAAACCAAACAAAAAAAAGAAACUGGUUUUCUCAAUCCGGAGGUUUAUCCGAUGCCUCUAUCUCUCCUUGCAAUUGCCGCAGAUUUCUGACAUUUUUGCUUCUCUUUCUCUUGUAGGAUCAUAGGAACUUGCUUGGUAGCUAUGGUGCUUACAAACUUCGAUGGAACCGGCGUCGGAUUCGGUUUUGGAAUUGGUUGCGGAUUUGGCGUCGGGUGGGGCUUUGGAGGAAUGCCUUUAAAUUUCUUGGGUCUUGGUGCAGGUGGAGGCUGUGGAGUUGGGCUCGGCCUUGGAUGGGGAUUUGGGACAGCUUUCGGUAGUCAGUAUCGCUCUUCUAGGGUUAUGUUCCAAGGCAUUGAGUUUACCAAUCAGAGUCAAACUGAUAGCAAAGAGUCCACAAAUUCAUCCAGAAUCUCAAAGAAAGUUCAUGGUGGUCAAUAAAUUUAAAUGUUCAAUUAUUAAAAUCUCUAUCUCAAACACGGUACAUUUUUUGCUACUGUUUGUACCUCAAUUUGAUCUGAAAAGGUUUGUGUUGAACAUUGGAAGAUAACCUUGAAAAUUGAAUUCUAUGAGGUUAGUGUGCAAAUGCUAUGACAAGAUAAACUCUGAUCCAUUUGAUAACA